UCUGCCCUCCUCAGUCUGGGGAGGAGGGUUGGGGAGCCUCCCCUGACCCAGGGGCCUCCCCGCCCCUCCCUGCCCUGCCCAGCCAGUCACCACUCCCCAGAGGGCACAAGCUCUGCUGUGCCUCAGAGCAAAAGCCCCAGAGCCAGCACAGCAGGCAGACGACCUGCAAGCCACAGUGGCUGCCCUUUGCGUGCUGCGAGGUGGGGGACAUUGGGCAGGAAGCUGGCUGAGUCCCAAGACCCCGGGGGCCAUGGGCGGGGAGCUGGUGCCUGGCCUGGGGGCCCUGAGGCGCAGAAAGCGCUUGCUGGAGCAGGAGAAGUCGCUGGCAGGAUGGGCACUGGCUCUGGCGGGAAUUGGCAUUGGACUCAUGGUGCUGCAUGCAGAGAUGCUGUGGUUCGGGGGGUGCCCGUGGGCGAUCUACAUGUUCCUGGUUAAGUGCAUGAUCAGCAUUUCCACCUUCUUGCUCCUUUGCCUCAUUGUGGCCUUUCAUGCCAAAGAGGUCCAGCUGUUCAUGACGGACAACGGGCUCCGGGAUUGGCGCGUGGCGCUCACCGGGCGACAGGUGGCGCAGAUCGCGUUGGAGCUGGCGGUGUGUGGGCUGCACCCGGCGCCCGUGCGGGGCUUGCAGUGCUCGCAGGGUUCCGGGGCGCCGCCGGUGGCGACGCAGCCCUGGCCAGUCUUCCUGGGUCAGGGGGAGGCGCUGCUGUCGCUGGCCAUGCUGCUGCGCCUCUACUUGGUGCCCCGCGCUGUGCUCCUGCGCAGUGGCGUCCUGCUAAACGCAUCCUACCGCAGCAUCGGCGCUCUCAACCAGGUCCGCUUCCGCCACUGGUUCGUGGCCAAGCUGUACAUGAACACGCACCCCGGCCGCCUGCUGCUUGGCCUCACGAUUGGCCUCUGGCUCACCACCGCCUGGGUGCUGUCGGUGGCCGAGAGGCAGGCUGUUAAUGCCACCGGGCACCUUUCAGACACACUGUGGUUGAUCCCCAUCACAUUCCUGACCAUAGGCUAUGGGGACGUGGUGCCCGGCACCAUGUGGGGCAAGAUCGUCUGCCUUUGCACCGGAGUCAUGGGGGUCUGCUGCACAGCCCUGCUGGUGGCUGUGGUGGCCCGGAAGCUGGAGUUUAACAAGGCAGAGAAGCACGUGCACAACUUCAUGAUGGACAUACAAUAUGCAAAGGAGAUGAAGGAGUCAGCUGCCCGAGUGCUGCAAGAAGCCUGGAUGUUCUAUAAACACACGCGUAGAAAGGACUCUGGAGCUGCCCGCAGGCACCAGCGCAGGCUGCUGGCUGCCAUCAAUGCGUUCCGCCAGGUGCGGCUGAAACAUCGAAAGCUACAGGAACAAGUGAACUCUAUGGUGGACAUCUCCAAGAUGCACAUGAUCCUGUGUGACUUGCAGUUGGGUCUGAGCAGCUCACAGAGGGCCCUGGAGAAGCGGAUUGACACACUGGCAGGGAAGCUGGACACCCUGACUGAGCUGCUUAACACUGCCCUGGGCCCACAGCAGCUUCCAGAAACCAGCCAGGAGGCCACGUAGCUGCUCUGGUUCUGUCUGGAACAAAGGACUCGCUGAGUUCAGAGCUGGAUCGACAUGAAGGAAAGAGACUCUAAUUACCCUUCCCUCUCUUUCUUUGCUCGAUCUCUCUUCCUGUUCUCUGGCUCUGUCCACCCUAUGCCCCUGUACAAAUGCUGCUACACACUGUGGUCUCUUGGUGCCCAGAUACCCCUAGCCUACUUUGUCCACUGGUUUCUACCUUGGUGUCUCUCACUCUCCUUCUUUCUGGUCUGUCAUCAGUCUCUCUCUUUGUCUCCCCAGGACCAAUGGAGGAGAGAUGGGGCUACUUUCCCUAGGACUGAGGUGAAGGACAUCUUCCCUGCCACUUCUGACCCAGCCCUGAGAAUUAAGCACCUCAAGUGCAAGGAGCAUAGGGGGACCCAGCUUUGGGAAAGUUGAUUCACUGAUGGCUGCUGGAGGGGACAAUGGCUACAGGGGGAAGACCUGGCCAACCUGAAGCCCCAAAUGGGAACAUGGUCACAACCCCGUGAACCCUCAUCAAAAACAUUCUCACUAGGCUGCUAUAGACAACCUCUAACUUUCAGUUACAAGUGGAGGUGAGGCUGGGCGCGGUGGCUCACGCCUGUAAUCCUAGCACUCUGGGAGGCCGAGGCGGGCGGAUUGCUUGAGCUCAAGAGUUCAAGACCAGUCUGAGUAAGAGUGAGACCCCGUCUCUAAAAAAAAUAGCUGGGCGCUGUGGUUGCGCCUAUAGUCCCAGCUACUCAGGAGGCUGAGACAAGAGGAUCACUUGAGCCUAGGAGUUUGAGGUUGCUGAACUGUGGCGCCACAGCACUCUACCAGGGGUUACAAAGUGAGACUCUGUCUCAAAAGAAAAAGAAGUGGAGGUGCCUGGGGCUGGACUCCUGGGACCCAGGGGAGGAGGAACUAGAGGCCCAGAGUCCAGGACUGUGGGAAGCUUCGGUUACCGCUGGACGCACUGAAGGAACCAGGGAUGAGGCUGCAGCCAGGCGGGAGGUGGCGCCCCCUGGCAGGACAGCAAGGAGUCACUAGAGCUGCAGAGAAAAUCUGGUGGGGAGGAAGAAGCCUAACUCACCACUCUGUGCUCUUAUACUUUGUAAUAAAUGUUAAACAAAG